AGCCGGAUGAUUCGAGUCGGUGACUCGUUGUAUUUCGACGGCGCUCGUCUCCAAUUAGCAGACGCCGCCCCUCUUGAUCGAAUCGGAAUCACCGCGCAGCCGUCGUUCGUUCUUCCCGCUGCUUUGGAUUCCCUCAUUCGAUCGUUGUAGCAGACGCUUUUCAAGCCUCGAUAUCGGAAGAGGCAGGGGGUGGGAGGUGAAUCCGUGCGGCGGCGUAGUAAUCUUCUGGGUCUUGAUCUGUCCCUGAAUCCCUCAUCGUCGUGGCUGAUCGUCGUCUGAAUAGGUAGGUCUUGAGUGAGAUGGGCGUCGGCCGAUGGGUCUCGCUUCUUCUCGCGUUCGGAUGCCUUUUUGGAGUUCUCGAUGCCAGCGCUGGUGACGCGGAUCCGCUCUACAGAAAUUGUGUUGUGCAAUGCGAAAAGACUGGAAAUAUUGGGGACCACGCCAUCCAGCACUGCAAGUUUUCAUUUACUGAUGUCCCUCUCAAUGGUUCAUGGUAUAUGCAAAAGCCACUUUAUUUGCAGUGGAAACAACUGAACUGCAGGAGCGACUGCCGUUACUACUGUAUGAUGCAGAGUGAAUAUCAAAGGGAAAAACUUGGUUUGGGUCCUGCUAAAUAUCAUGGAAAAUGGCCGUUCAAACGUGUAUUUGUUUUCCAGGAGCCUCUUUCUGCUGUCCUCUCGGCGUUCAAUCUGUUGAUGCAUUUCAUUGGCUGGCUAACAUUUUUCAUCUUAGUAUCUUACAAGUUGCCUCUUAGGCCUCAAAGUCGGAGGACAUACUAUGAGUACACAGGCUUAUGGCAUAUAUAUGGGUUAUUGUCUAUGAAUGCUUGGUAUUGGAGUGCUAUAUUCCAUACUCGAGAUUUUGACUUGACGGAAAAGUUAGAUUACUCAUCUGCUGUGGCUGUACUUGGAUAUUCUUUCAUUUUGUCUCUAUUGAGGAUAUUCAAUGUGAAGGAUGAGGCUUCAAGGGUUAUGUUUGCUGCCCCAAUUUUAGCCUUUGUGACAACACAUAUCUUGUACCUCAAUUUCUAUGAAAUGGACUAUGGGUGGAAUAUGAAAGUGUGCCUUGUGAUGGGUGUUUCUCAGAUUCUGAUGUGGGUAAUCUGGGGUGGUGUAACUCGUCAUCCCUCACGCUUCAAGCUGUGGACAGCUAUGAUCGGAUGUGCUCUUGCAAUGCUUUUGGAGAUUUACGACUUCCCUCCUUUUCAUGGAUAUGUAGAUGCUCAUGCUCUCUGGCAUGCCACCACCAUUCCCCUCACAUACCUCUGGUGGAGCUUUAUCAAGGAUGAUGCUAAAUUCAGGACAUCCACUCUUGUGAAAAAGGUCAAGUAAGUUCUUUCUGGCCGCUGCCUCAUACAUGAACCUCAAACACUGGACCUCAUCAGUUGUUGAAUUGUAAUGGUCUCUGUUUCUCCAUGAGAAAUUUAAUUAUAAUUACCUUAGUGGACUUCUUUCUUGUUUAUUUCUAUAAAUUUUGUGUUAUUGUUGAAAUGAAGUGCAUUGUUCAUUUACUUUCCAAGCUAGUGCUGAAUGACUUUGUCCUCUUUUAUGUUUUUGAUUUUAA